AGGAAACUGGUAUUGACAUGGAGAAGAUUGCCAAGAAAAAGGAGAUUCAAGAAAAGUACAAGGCAGAAAUUGAAAGCUUGUUGUCAGACCCAACAAUCUUUGAAAUGGAGAUGGAUCUGCCUACAAAACAACCAACACAACCAGUUGAAGAGAAAGAAGAAGAAAAGAAAGAAGAAGAGAAGCAACAAGAAGAGAGAGAAGAAGAGAAGAAGCAAGAUGCUCCAACACCUGAUGUUCCUUCAAGAGUACAAAGGGUGAAGAACAGAGAAAGAAAGAGGCUUCAAGCAUCUUGCUAUGUGUACGAAAAAAAUAAGAAAACAAAAAAGGAGGCAAAAAAGGAUGAUGAAGAACUACCACAAUUCAAGCUUAUCUCUUCCGAGGAGUUAACACAAGAGGCAUCUCAGCCCGAUGCCACAAAUCCAAUUCCUAACCCCCCUAAAGGAACGAGCCUUCAUGAUUCAAUACCUGUGGAUCUACAACAAUCAAGUGAUGAAGAUGAAGGACAAAAAAAGCAAACAAAGAAAAAACUAGGAUGGGGUCAGAAAAAGGUGUGGCAGAAAAUUCCAAAGCCGGACAGGGAAAGCAUUGAAAAACACUACUUAAGCACUCAACUUCGUGAUAUCUUCUGGGCAGGACUCAAUGAUGAGAAAGUGACAAACCAUGAUCUCAAAGAUAUUGUAUGGGACCUGGAACUGUCACAAAACGUAAGUAUUUACCAAUUCUAUAACACACACUGCACUGUAUUUUUUAUUUAUGCUACCUAUAUUCCCCAUUUAUAA